UAAUCUCAGAUAGGCAUGCAUCCAUUAAAAGUGCUUAUGAAAAUCCUUUGAAUGGUUGGAAUAAUCCUCCAACGACGCAUGUCUACUGCAUCCGACACAUCGGCCAGAAUUUUGUGAGAGAAACCAAACAGAAAAAACUUCGGCCGUUAGUUACAAAUAUGGGAUAUGCACCCAGCGAACCUUCAUUCCAAUACUGGCGGAACGAACUUAGGAAGGAAAGUGUGGAGGCUUUAAAUUGGGUUGAUAAAAUCCCGAAAGAAAAAUGGACGCAGGCGUACGAUGGAGGUCGUCGGUGGGGUCACAUGACGAGCAAUCUUGUCGAGGCGAUGAACUCAGUAUACAAGGAAAUUCGCAGCCUACCAAUCACAGCAUUGGUCAAAGCAACAUACUCUAAGACUGCGACACUUUUUGGAACACGCGGAAUGGAUGCAGUGGCUGUGUUAGCUUCUGGUCAGGUGUAUUCUGUCCCAUGUCAGAAAAGGAUUACAGAUGCAAUGACUAAGGCCCACUCACAUGUAGUCACUCGUCAUGAUAGGCAACGUUUCGCAGUGGAGGAAACUGAGGAUCCCCGCGAAGGCCGACCAAAGGAUAAAUUUAAAGUACACUUGGAAGAAAAAUGGUGUGAUUGUGGAAAAUUUCAAGCAUUACAUUUACCUUGUUCACAUGUUAUUGCUGCUUGUUUUCACGCUCAUUUGGACUAUCAAGUGUACAUUGAUGAUGUGUUCAAAGUUGCCAAUGUAUGUCGCGUUUAUGAGCAUACCUUCGAAGUGGUUCAAGGCUAA